AUGAAACAGCGUUUCUCGUCAUUGGACGUGCAGGUGAUCACCCAGGAGCUGGCCGCCGAGCUGGUCAGCCUGCGCGUGUCCAACAUCUACGAUCUGUCCUCGCGUAUCUUCCUCUUCAAACUCGCCAAACCAGACCACCGCCGACAGCUUAUAGUCGACUCCGGCUUCCGCACCCAUGUCACCCAGUACUCCCGUACUGCCGCGACCGCCCCCUCGCCCUUCGUGACCCGCAUGCGCAAGUUCCUCAAGUCUCGCCGGAUCACAGGAAUCACGCAGAUUGGAACAGACCGGAUCAUCGAUUUCUCCUUCAGCGAUGGCGCAUACCACAUGUUCCUCGAAUUCUUCGCCGGCGGCAACAUCAUUCUCACGGACCGGGAAUACACAAUUCUUGCCUUGUUUCGCCAGGUGCCCGCGGGAGAGGGCGAGGAGGAGACCAAGGUUGGGCUGAAAUACACAGUCACCAAUAAGCAGAACUACGGCGGGGUUCCAGAGAUCACCCGCGAGCGGGUGAAGGACACGCUGAACAAGGCGCAGGAACUCUUCGCGCAAGAGGGCAACGCCCCCAAGAAGUCGAAGAAGAAGGCAACAGAGGUGCUGAGAAGAGCAUUGUCGCAAGGUUUCCCGGAAUACCCUCCACUGCUCUUGGAUCAUGCCUUUGCUGUGAAGGAGUUCGAUCCAGCGACGCCGCUAGACCGGGUGCUUGCGGAUGAAGGUCUACUUCGCAAUGUCGAAGGAGUCUUGGAAGAAGCGCAGCGAGUCUCUACAAAUUUAAAUAUCGGCGACAGUCAUCCCGGCUACAUUAUUGCCAAGGAAGACACUCGACCCCGUGCGGACGGGGAGAGCACAUCGCAAACCCCUGGCCUUCUAUACGAAGACUUCCAUCCCUUCAAGCCGCGGCAGUUUGAACGCAACCCGGACAUCACGAUAUUGGAAUUUGAGCGUUUCAACGCAACCGUCGACGAGUACUUUUCGUCGAUAGAAUCCCAGCGGCUGGAGUCGAGACUGACCGAGAAAGAGGAGGCAGCGAAGCGAAAGCUCGAGUCCGUGCGGAAAGAACAUGAGAAGCGGAUCGAUGCGUUGAAAGAUGCUCAGGAGCUCCAUAUUCGCAAGGCGGACGCGAUCCAAGACAAUGUCUACCGCGUCCAAGAAGCGAUGGACGCUGUCAACGGUCUGAUCGCACAGGGCAUGGAUUGGGGUGAGAUCGCCCGCCUGAUCGAAAUGGAGCAGGGACGAGGCAAUCCAGUUGCACAGAGCAUCAAGCUGCCUCUCAAGCUGUACGAAAACACGGUCACGUUGCUUCUCGGCGAGGUAGGCCAGGAGGAAGAUGAAGACGAGCUUGCCUCGAGCGAUGAGUCUGAGUCUGAAUCCGAUGAUGAUGAUGAAAGAGAAGAGCAGAGGCGUGAGACCGAGUCUCGGAUGCUGUCGAUUGACAUCGAUCUCGGACUUACUCCAUGGGCAAAUGCAACGCAGUAUUACGAGCAAAAGAAGGUGGCCUCGCAAAAGCAGCAGCGGACGGCACAGUCGUCCGAGAAGGCACUCAAGAGUCACGAGAAGAAGGUAACGACCGAUCUCAAGCGGAGCCUGAAGCAGGAGAAACAAGUUCUGCGCCAGGCUCGCACGCCGUUUUGGUUCGAGAAAUUUAUCUUCUUCAUUUCUUCGGAGGGCUAUUUGAUCCUUGGGGGCCGAGACGCCAUGCAGAGCGAGCUGUUGUAUCGGCGCUACUUGAACAAAGGCGACAUUUUUGUGCACGCAGAUCUGGCAGGAGCGACCCCGAUGGUUGUCAAGAACAGAUCCCAGAGUGUGGAUGCGCCAAUCCCUCCUAGCACUCUGUCUCAAGCGGGCAAUCUGUGCGUCGCCACCUCGACAGCAUGGGAUUCCAAGGCCGUGAUGUCUGCCUGGUGGGCAUAUGCCCAUCACGUGUCGAAGAUGGCAGCAUCAGGUGGAGGAAUCUUGCCGACGGGCGAAUUCCAGAUCAAGGGUGAGAAGAACUUCCUGGCUCCCUCGCAACUGGUCCUUGGGUUCGCAGUCAUGUUUCAGAUCAGCAAAGAAAGCCUACGGAAUCAUAAGACACAGCAAUUCGAAACACCUGAUGUCGCAGGGGAGGCUUAUGUGGCUGCCAAGAACAACGAACCUUCGCCUCCCAAACAAGAACCCUCAGAGGGGUCCACCGCAGCCGAUGUGAAUGGACAUGAGGAGGAUGAAGACCACAUGUCUGACGAAGACGAAGAUGAUGGAAAUGCACAGGCGAGAAACCCCCUGCAGCGAGAGGAUUCUAAAGCCCCUCGCGCUACUCAAGAAUCCGGAGCACCAGACUCUGACUCUGAAUCUGAAUUUGAUGACGAGAGUGUAAAGAAUGAAGGUCAAGAACUGGACGAGGAGCAGGAGGAACGAGUUGGCCGAGAAGAUGCUGAGGAGGAAGAAACCGCCUCAGUGGCUGAACAGGAAACCGCUUCUCAACCCAGAGAUUUGAAAGAUCUUUCUGCACGCGAAAGACGCUCUGUGCGACAGGGCAAGUCUGUUGACCCGAAACCGCCUCAACCUCCCCGGACAGCUCCCACCCGAGGCAAGCGGGCGAAGGAGAAGCGCGCAGCUGCCAAAUACGCACAACAAGACGAUGAGGAACGUGAUCUGGCACUCCGACUUCUCGGUACCAACAAGGGUAAAGCUGCAAAGGCGGCUCAGGCAGCCGAAGCCAAAGCUCAGCGGGAACGUGAAGCCGAAGCACAGAGACAACGACGUCGGGCCCAGCAUGAGCGUGCAGCGGAAGCCGAGAAAAAGCGUCAGGCUCUCUUUGCCGAGGGAGGCGCGGACGACUACGACGAAGAGACUGCCGCCGCCGAAGCUGCAGACCUAUCUUGGAUCCCAGCUCUGAUCGGAACACCCACUCCCGACGACGAGAUCAUUGCCGCUAUUCCAGUUUGUGCACCAUGGGCUGCCCUGGGCCGGUACAAAUACAAGAUGAAGCUCCAACCCGGCACAGUGAAGAAGGGCAAGGCCGUCAAGGAGAUUAUCGGCCGGUGGGUAUCUGAGACAACUGCUGGUAAAGUCAAGAAGGAACACGCUGAGGAUGCCGGUGUUCCUCGUGCGGAUGCAGAGCGGUUGCGGGCCCGUGAGGGUGAGUUGAUCAAGGCCUGGAAGGACACGGAGGUCAUUAAUACCAUGCCCGUGGGCAAAGUUCGGAUUAUGACACCUGGCGGUGCUGGGGCUGGAGGUGGAGGUGAUAAAGGCAAAGCCAAGGGAGGCGGCAAAGGUGGUGGGGGUGGUGCUAAGGGCGGGAAAGGUGGGAAGAAGAAGUAG